CGCCACGAUCGGCUGUGCACAACGAGGCGCGCGCGGUGCCAGCUAGGUAUACCGCUACUACGUUCCGAACUGCUCAGGCUGUCAUGCAUAGGUUCUCGCGAAAGUUUCGCAUAUAAGCGCAUGCACUCCGCGCGGAAUUUGCACCAUGAGGAUUACAACAAAUUACAAUGCAUGUGUGACAAUUGAAGGGGGACGCCCAUGAGCUGGGCAAGUGCCACAAACAAGAACAGAAGCCAGCUGCCGUUUGUCGCCCUUUCGCUGCAGGAUGACCAGCGGGAGCAUUCUGGUGACUGGGGGCCUGGGCUUCAUUGGGAGCCACACGGUGCUGGUCCUUCUGGAAAAUGGCUACUCAGUAGGGAUUGUAGACAACCUCCACAAUGCGAGCGAGGUGGCCCUGGUGCGCCUAAAGGAGCUGGCAGGGGCGGCGGCUGACAAGGUCACGUUCGUAAAGGGUGACCUGUGCGACCCCGAUGCAAUUGAGCAGCUGUUUAUCAACAACAACUUUUCUGCUGUGAUCCACUUUGCGGGCCUGAAGGCGGUUGGGGAGAGCGUCGCAAAGCCACUUUUCUACUACCACAACAACAUCUCUGGGACCGUCAACCUGCUAGCCGCUAUGGACAGGCACGGCGUGCGCAACCUCGUGUUCUCGUCGUCGGCGACUGUGUACGGGCAGCCCAAGACUGUCCCUGCCACGGAAGACUUCCCGACGGGCGCUGCCAAUCCGUACGGGCGCACCAAGCUGUUCAUCGAGGAGAUCUGCAAGGACGUGCACACGGCCAACCAGGAGUGGCGCAUCAUUCUGCUGCGGUACUUCAACCCGGUGGGCGCGCAUCCCAGCGGGCGGAUGGGCGAGGACCCCAAAGGCAUCCCCAACAACUUGAUGCCCUUCGUCCAACAGGUUGCCGUUGGUCGUCGCGAGCAGUUGACUGUGUACGGCAACGACUACCCGACCAAGGACGGGACCGGCGUGCGCGACUACAUCCACGUGGUCGACCUGGCGGAGGGACACCUGGCGGCGCUGCGCAAGCUGGAGGCCACGCCCGGGCUGGGGUGCAUCCCCAUCAACUUGGGCACCGGGCGAGGAACCUCCGUACUAGAAAUGGUGGCCGCGUUUGAGAAGGCGGCGGGCAAGAAAAUCCCGUACAAGCUUGCUGCACGGCGUCCUGGAGACUCCGCCGAGGUGUUUGCCAGCACCACCCUGGCGGAUAAAGAACUGGGCUGGAAGGCCAGGCUUACGGUGGAAGACAUGUGCCGAGAUCAGUGGAAAUGGGCAAGCGAGAAUCCGAACGGUUAUGGUGACCAAGGGGCACAAGAUUGAAUAAGAAGGCUGUGGCCGACUUACCAUGAAGUCCGCACGAGUUCUAAAUUGGGCAAGCCCAGUGGCAUCCCAUCGAUCCAUAUCGCUUAUCGAGUUCGUUGUGGCCGAACAUGCGUCCUCGCAAGUCUCACUUUGUCACAUCCGUGCGUGGCCUGUGUUGCCCUAGCCGGCCAAUGGUGUGCGUUGCUAAGCCUUUAUACUUACAAGUUCUGGUCCCGGCCCUUCUCGAGAUAACGCCUUUAAGUGGAUGUCACGUCUUAUCGAGUGACCUUAGACAAUAGUGGGGAAAUCCAAGAGUAUUGCGUUUGUCCCGGCGCCAUGCACAAGCUUGAGCUAGUUUGCCAGCCCAGUGCGAUGAGAAUUGUACCGUAGAUGAGAGAUUGCAGGCGAUAGAAUGUAUGGUUAGGACCGCUUAUAGUCACCACUACUCAACCUGCAGCAUGUGUGCACGAUGAAGUUCCAAAACCAGA